UAGAUGUAUAAAUCAUCGGUUUCAAAUUUUAUUUCCAUUUUACCUACUGUCCACACUUUUUUGGAAUUGGGGUUUUAAAUCGGUCUGUUAAUCAGUCAGUGCACAUACACAUACACACUUAACCACUUUUAAACAUUUUUAAAACAGUAUUAUUUUGCUAAUAUAAUAACUAUUUAUGUGUCAAACUGUUCUUUACUAUUAUAUUUACACGCAUUAGAAACUGUUCCUUAUAUUCCUCAUUACUGCUCUCUCUCUCUCUCUCGCUCUCUCACUCACUCUCCUUUACCCUCCCUCUGAUGACACUCCCACUCCAACAAGUCUCUGUGUGUGCAGGCUGCCUGCUCUCUGUCACUCCUGUCUUCCUCGCUCCUUCUCUCUCUCUCUUUCUCUUCCUCGUUCUCUCUCACUCUCUUUCUGUCUUGCCGGACUAAAAGUUGUUCUGGGAAACGAGGGAAGGGAUUUUCCAAUGAUCUCUCCCCUACGGCAAUCAGAGCCCUCUUUGGGAGGGACUACUUGUGGCGCAUAGCCUCUUUCCCCUCUGAGACAUCAUGGACAUGUUUUUCCGCCGCCAUUUCCGCCGAAAGGUCCGUGAGCAGGCUGGCCGCCGGCGUUCGAGUGUGGCUGUGCCGGCCAGUAAAGCACGGCGGCGCUCCAGUGCCGGACUGCCCUCUGCUGGCCUGGCUCAGAGGCGCAGGUCCAGCAUCCAGCUGCAAGGUGCCCUUCAGGCAGCCAGUGGUCAGAGUGGAGGGCCUCUAGUCAGGGACCGGCGUUUUGUCCGGCGCCGCUCAAGCGGAACCACAGCCUGCUUGACCCCUAGGUUUUCCCUCCGCAGGCGCCGGGCAGCAAAACACCGUAGCAUCCACGCCCAGCUCUUGGGGCCAUCACUGCUGUUGGCCAGCGUGGUGCAGAUGAGUGAAGAGAAGGAGACAGAUGAGGGUAGUGAGGGAGGACAGUCUGCCUCCUCUGAAGAAGACGACUCGCAGAGCGAUGACUGCUGGGAAGAUCCUGACAAACUUGGGGCGCACCCCAAGGCAGAGUCAGAUGAAUCUCCGUCCUGGUUGGCUCAGGGUCUGGUAGAUGGAGACAGCCUUCAGCCCCGCCCAAUCAUCCGUGCGCCGCGCUGCCUUCGGCGGAACUCCUCCCACUUGCUUCCUGCUGAUGCUGUGUACCACAGCCCUGCCUACUAUGGUCUGUAUGGUCGCUACCGGAGAAACAGCCAGGUGUGGAGAACAACUAAUGUGGGGAUCGGCGGGGUUUGGACGGGGAGGCGGAGCUCUGUGGCAACUCGGAGAGGGUCAGUGACUAAUCACAGAAAAUACUCCCCUUGGUGGCCGGACCCUGGACUAGCAGGCGUGCUACAGGGGACGUACUAUGACCCCCAGACAGACACAUGGAGUGGGUUUCUCUCGAAGGCUAUAGCUAAAUCUGGCCUACAGCAUCUGUCGUCUCAGCCCAGCAGUUCAGUGCUGGCCAAGUGUGACUCGGACAGAGAGAUCCGCAGCACUGUGGACUGGAGCGAGUCGGCAGUGUAUGGAGACCACAUCUGGUUUGAGACCAACGUCUCCGGAGACUUCUGUUACGUUGGAGAACAGCACUGCUACGCAAAGACACUGGUUUGUCAAAAAUCUGUUGCCCGAAAGAAAUGCGCUGCUUGCAAGAUUGUAGUUCACACCAUUUGUAUAGAACAGCUAGAGAAGUUAUCUCACAGGAAGCCUCAGCCUCAGGGGGAGUGGCUUGAUGAGCUGCCACACAAAGAUCCGUCUUUCAGAAUCAAUUUCAGGUGUAAACCUUCAUUCAGGGAAUCAGGCUCUCGGAACAUACGGGAGCCCGCCUGGCGUCGCAGAGUCAUAAAAGGUCAAGCUGCUUGGGAGCGAAUCAAGCAUACUGCAGCUAACCGCAGGUCACAUGUACCUCUCACACAGCCUACCAUUGUGCGGCAUCACUGGGUCCAUCGACGACGACAAGAGGGGAAGUGCAAACAAUGCGGGAAGGGAUUUCAGCAGAAGUUUGCCUUUCACAGUAAAGAGAUUGUGGCCAUUAGCUGCUCUUGGUGCAAACAAGCAUAUCACAAUAAGGUGACAUGCUUCAUGCUACAGCAGAUUGAAGAGGCCUGUUCAUUAGGAGCUCACGCAGCAGUUAUAGUACCUCCUACGUGGAUUAUACGUGUUCGUAGACCUCAGUCCUCACUAAAAUCAAGCAAAAAGAAGAAACGGACCUCAUUCAAACGCAAAUCCAGCAAGAAGGGAGCAGAGGAAGCACGAUGGAAGCCAUUCAUUGUGAGACCGAUUCCGUCUCAGCUGAUGAAGCCACUUCUAGUGUUUGUAAAUCCAAAGAGCGGAGGAAACCAGGGGGCCAAAAUAAUCCAGUCCUUUAUGUGGUAUUUGAAUCCUCGGCAAGUCUUUGACCUGAGCCAGGGCGGACCUAAAGAAGGGUUGGAGAUGUAUCGGAAAGUUCACAACUUGCGGAUUCUGGCCUGUGGUGGUGAUGGCACGGUGGGCUGGAUCUUGUCCACUCUGGAUCAGCUGCAGCUAAACCCACAGCCUGCUGUGGCUGUACUUCCUCUGGGGACAGGAAAUGACCUUGCCAGGACCUUGAACUGGGGCGGGGGGUACACAGAUGAACCUGUGUGUAAGAUUCUGUCUCAUGUGGAGGAUGGCAAUAUUGUGCAGCUUGAUCGUUGGAACUUGCACGUGGAGCCAAACCCGGAGGCAGGGCCAGAGGAGAAAGACGAACAGGUCACAGACAAGCUUCCCCUGGAUGUUUUUAACAACUACUUUAGCUUGGGCUUUGACGCUCACGUAACUCUGGAGUUUCACGAGUCUCGAGAGGCGAACCCAGAGAAAUUCAACAGUCGCUUCAGGAACAAGAUGUUCUAUGCGGGGACUGCGUUCUCAGAUUUCCUAAUGGGUAGCUCCAAAGACUUGGCCAAGCACAUCAAAGUGGUGUGUGAUGGAGCAGAUUUGACUUCUAAGGUCCAAGAGCUGAAGCUGCAAUGUCUGGUCUUCCUCAAUAUUCCCAGGUACUGUGCUGGCACAAUGCCAUGGGGAAACCCAAGUGAGCAUCACGACUUCGAGCCUCAGCGCCAUGACGAUGGCUGUAUCGAGGUCAUCGGCUUUACCAUGACGUCACUGGCGACACUACAGGUUGGAGGUCAUGGGGAGAGGUUGAAUCAGUGUCGUGAGGUCACACUUACUACCUACAAGUCAAUCCCCAUGCAGGUGGAUGGAGAGCCAUGCAAACUGGCUCCUUCCACCAUUCAUAUCUCACUGCGCAACCAGGCCAACAUGGUACAGAAGACAAAGAGGCGGACCUCUAUACCACUGCUCAAUGAUCAGCAGCCUUUCCCGGAGAGGUUACGGAUUCGAGUGAACCGCAUCAGCAUGCACGACUAUGAGGCUUUGCACUAUCACAAAGAGAAACUCAAAGAAGCCUCAAUCCCAUUGGGGCUUAUCGUCGUCCCCGGAGACAGUGACCUGGAAACCUGCCGAGUACACAUCGAGAGACUGCAAGAGGCAGGUGACGAGACCAAGUCAAAAAUGCUGUCGUCUCAGAGAUUGUCACCAAAGUGGUGCUUCUUGGACUCGACAACAGCGGAUCGAUUUUACAGGAUUGAUCGUGCCCAGGAGCAUCUACACUAUGUGACUGAGAUCUCUCAGGACGAGCUGUUUAUUCUGGACCCUGAGCUGGUAGUCACGGAAACCGUGAGCACAUCACCAGGCAUGCCUGACCUGGUAGACUCAUCAGGAGAGAACUCUUCAGCCCAGCGCAAAUUUGCCUUCCCAUCCUCCUCCUCUUCUCCACCUUCCUCUCCAGCACCCAGACAGACAGACACAGACUGCUGGAUUGCAGAAUUGCAGGCUGGUCAGAGGAAGCGCGUGUCCAGCGACAGUUCACUGACUGAUGCAAUGACCCACUGUGACUCGCUCAGAAGUACCAAACCAGCACUUAGCAGGGCUGGGGGUGUUCAUCGCUCAAAUACAACUGCAGCUGAUUUCAAACCAGCUCAAAUCAGGCCAGAAAAGAAUGCUCUGAGCUAUGGCAGCCCAGCGUCGGCAGACGUGCUAAUUGAGUGUGUGAAGAACAAGGACCAUCAGAAGCUGAUGGAGCUACAUAAGCAGGGAGCGGACCUGUGCAUGCAGGAUUCAGCAGGUUGCACUCUGCUUCACCAUGCAGUGGAUGUAGCCAGCAAAGAAAUUGUCAAAUACAUCAUUGAGAACACACCCACCGAUAUAUUGGAUGUGACAGAAAGAGAAAACGGCGAGACGGUGUUGCACAAGGCGGCCUCGAUGUGUCAAAGGACGAUCUGUCAUUACUUGGUGGAGGCGGGAGCGUCUCUUAUGAAGACAGACUUACAGGGUGACACUCCAAAGCACCGUGCAGAGAAGGCGAAGGAUGCAGAGCUGGCGGCGUAUCUGGAGAACCGUCAGCAUUAUCAGAUGAUCCAGCGUGAGGACCAGGAGACUGCAGUCUGAUCACUGACCUUCAACCUCACCCCUUUCACCUUGCUGAGUCCGGAACCCUCUGCUUGUGCCAAACUAAUAACCAAAACAAUAUGAAAUGAUGACCACAUUAUGGAGGGCUCUGCUGCUUGGAGUGGGCUUUUAAACUCCUAACCACCUCUAGACCUGGGAAUGGACGCGCGUACACACACUCAAACGUUAUGAAAAGAUUUGUGGGCUUUAGGAUCCUGGACUCAACCUGCUUGACCAAAUGUAUGUCCAUUGCACUGCCAACAUCAUUUAGUGUGGAUGUAUGUGUCAGAAUGUAUGAAGUGGGUGGGAGUCCUGUGUGUUAAUGCUUUCACUAAUCUGUGCUGGCUUUUACACAGCAGCACGUUAGAUUAACACAGUGUUGGUUGAAAGGUGGCUGGAGGGCGACUGAAAGAAACUGAGUGAAUGACGUUAGCAUGAGAAAUCUCUACAGCACUGAUCACACAGCUAUGAAUUUCAUUUUUAGCUAUUUUUAUGUCUAGUGUUAACCAGUAAGAUUCUUUAUUAUGGUUAGUGGUAGAAGACACCACUUUGUCUCCGCAGGACCUUAAGGACUUUUUCGCAGAUUUGCGGACUGAUUUGUUUACCUGAAUUAGCAUGAUUAGAGUGUUAAAAGCUAAAGCUUAGUUUAGGUCAUGGGACGCUGUCUUUGGGCUUUCCCUGCACUGAAACCAUUUAAGGUGAUUCAAGUAAUAUUGGACUAUGGUAGCUAUUUCCUAGGAGGGCUUCGCUUCUUUCAUUGUGUUUCAUAUUUUUCUUCCGUUCUGCAAACUUUUGUGUCUAAUAAGAACUGUUGGUACUGUAAACGUAUCUUAGUAGGUUUCUGUCUGAGAAACAUUUGCACUGUAGCUAUCAUUGCCUUCUCUAUUCCACUUUUUCUUGAUUUAUAAUUGGUGUACUAAAGUUAUUGCUUAUUUCUUAUGACUUUUUUAAAAUAUAUAGAUGUUUAUAUAAUUUGUAGCUCUAACAUCAGAGUUGUGUAUUUGUCUUAUUGUAUAAAAUACUGUAAAUUUAAUUUUUUUUUUUCUUUCCAGAAUACAGGUUGCUUUUGUUUGGUUUUGUUGUUCAUAAUUCUCUGCUCUGGAGUUGUUGUAGAACAUUUCGCUGUAUGUGAAAGAAACAAAGACACUCUGAAGAGUGUUUGUCAUUCUGAUUGAUGGAUUGUCUUAAUGCAAUGAUAAUUCUGAGGAUACUAUUUAUUUUCCAUAAUAGUUAUCUGUUUAAAUUAAAUUGGCUUUGAAACUAGACAUAAUUAAUUAUUAUUAAAAUAUUUAAUUUGCAAUGAAUGGAUUUCAUUAACUUGUCACAGAGGGCAACUUUCUUGUGGCUUAGCCACUGGUUUUACUACUUCAAAUGAGUAUGCAUCCUUUUACAACUUAAAAUCUGUUUUAAUCCUAUUUUAUUCUUUAAUUAUAGAUUUUACACACAUAUAUUCAUGCAUUUGCCUUUCUGAACUAGAUACGCUAUUUAUAAUGUACUCUCCUAUGGAACUCAUAUUUUCAUCAUCCAUAAACAAAUACAUUUUGUCUUCACUUACCUUUAGACCUUUUGAAUGUUUACAUAUACCUCCAUGAUAAGUUUUCACUUUUACAGCAGAAACACAGAGGAGUUUCAUUAUUUCAGUGCCAUAAAAACCGAAGGCUUCUAUAGCUGAGAUUUAAACUUUAAAUUCAACUCACUAGCUGAACAGUCUAGUUAAAUGCACUUAAAAGAAUUUGGGGUCUGUUUGUGCUUUGAUGAAGCAGAAGCCCAGCACUAUGCAUUAAAUCUUAACUUUGUCAGCAUUGUUUUAAGAUUGAUCUUAUACUUAUCUGUCCUACUUAUAAAGCAUAGGCAAAAGUUAUUACUUUAGCAUACAGUUAAGCUAAAUAUUACAUUCUUCACUCAUAUUUGUAAGCUGUAUUGACUAAUUGUAACACACAUUACUUUCUUUGCAUUUUCCUGGCAAUCUUGACAAUCCUUGUAGACAAUCUGCAUGCAGGGUAUGAAGCUUGAAGCAGUCUAUGCCAAAAAGUAAUAUUUUAAGCCUUAUAAAUUAGGGUUUUUAUAAGUGAUCUAUUUUGAAAUGUUAAUGCUUUGAAAUUUGGAGUGAGCAUUCCAAAGACCAGUUUUCUCCCGGUCAAAGAAAGUAAAAGAUGUGUUCUUAUAUUUUCAAUAUGAAGAUAAUGCAACUACUAUACAGUUGUAUGCCUGUAAAAACAAUGAGUGUGCUUUUAAUCUCAUCAUAAAUCUAUAUAUUCUUUUAAACCUCAAGUCACAGCAAGCUUCCUGCAGGAAAUUGACAGCAUGUAACAAACAGCCUCUUUUGGCUAUUAUCUUUUCAAUGCAGAAGAUUUAGCAUCCAUGACAUCCAGCUUUGUAUUUCCUCAAGUAGAGAGUAGGGUUUUGGGGAUUGCUUUGAUGACUACUUUAUGAGGGGAUUUAUUACUUUUCAGUGAACUGAGCUCAAUUCCUGCUACAUAAUGUAAACUGAUUAUAUUUGAGAUUCUCUUAUUAAAUAUUGCUAUGGUAUAACUUUGUUUUACCCAUCUACAGGUUGCUACAGGUGGCUGUAGUGAUAGUGCCUGAUUCUGUCAAUGUAGUGAAGUAGGUGAAUGCGGAUCAGUGGAUGAGGAGUUCAGCUGCAUGUAGUGCCUUCUUAAAAAAAUCCACAAAGGGUGCAGAUGUCUUGUAUUUUUCUUAAAUACCUACAACAAUAUCUCAUCUCUGUAGAGUUACUAACUUUUUCCAUGCCUGGUAAAACAGGUCUGUAAUGAUUCAUGAAAAAGCAAUGAUGAUUUUUCCAAUAAGCUCUUGAUAGUUUUAUUUUGUUUUUCAACAAUCGCAAAUCCACUCCAGGCAAAACCUCCUGACUGUCCAGCUAUUUCAUCCUCAUCUUCAUCACAUGCAUACUCUCCUGUAUAUGUUUCCUAUACAAUAAGGUUUUACUCUUCUGAGACUGUUGAAAUGCUGGAAGCAUUUCACAGGCCAUUGGUAUACAGUACUGUGCAAAAAACAUUUUUCAUUUAUUUAAUGUCCAGUCAAAAUGGUCAUUAAGUACUGCUUAAGUCAUUUUCCAGUAUCAGGAAAUAGAAAAAACACAAACAAAACAGCAUAAACACCAACAAAACAGUUACACAACAGCCUCAACAACUAAAUAUAUUUUUUUCAGUAGUUAGGGCAUCCACCCCUUAUCUUUGUUACAGCUUCAAUUCUUUUUGGGUGAGUUCUUUCAAUUUUUCAAAGAAAUCUACAGGGAUAUUUUUCCACUUCUCCAAAGUUCAGUCUUAUAAAUUGGUUGCAUUUUCUGCUUCUCACAGUCCAAAUAAUCUCAAACACAUCCAUUGAUUUAUGUGGUUUAUGUCAGGUCUCUGGGGUGACAAGUCCAUUGUUCUGAAAACACCAGCAGCUUCAUUGCUUGAUUUGCAAAAUUCUUAGUCUUUCUCAGUAACAGCUAUUUAACAGCUACACAUCCUCUCAGACCCAUAGCCUUGAGUUGGAAGGAUAGGCAGAAACACCUAUAGAUUUUUUUUCAGAUCUGAAGCAAGACUGGAACUUAUUUUAAACUCCUGUUUUUUUCCUCACCUAUUUUCUUUUGACUUUCCCCAUCCAUCCACAGUUUCAGCUGGAAAUUAAAUAAAUAAAGGGUGGUCUCUGGCAUUUGCACGGUACUGUAUGUUAAAGGAACACUCACUGUUUUUCAACUUCAUUUCUGUUUUCCACAUCUGUAUUGCACCUUCAAUUACCAAAGACAGUAAUUACAUUUCCCUGUAAGAAAAAGAAUACUGGUUGCCUUGAAAUUGGGCAGUAGCUGAAUUCCAUGAAUAAACAUGGACAUUUGAAACUAAAUAAACCAGUGAACCACUGGUCAGCACAUUUUCUAUUCUUUUGCAAGUACAGGUAAACCCAUCAAAAUUAUUGUCUGCUAAUCUGCACAUGACAGAUGUGGCAAUCAGAAAUUACAUUGAAAACCACUGAACUAUUGCAUUAACUGUCCGCUAUACUGAUAUACUAAAUAAUCAUCUAUACUUUUGUGUGUAUGGUUUCUAUGCUUCUUUUUGAGUUGCCAUGCAAUUCAAGGUUUAGAAUCUCUCAAACAUUCCCUUGACAAGCGCAUGUGAGUUAUGGUGCAAUAGGUCGAUUGGCUAUUUAGAACUAUUACUAGUUUCUUUUGUACUGUGGUAUGACAAAAUGGUGGAUGCUCAAGAGGUGAACACGUACAUGUGCAAUGUAGACAAUAGUUCUAUCUGUUUGUUUCAAUGGACUGAUUCUGUUAUUUUCUGCUUGCAAACAUAAUAAAGAAUAGUAUUUCAACUUAA